GGCCCAGGGGCGCCGAUGGGGGCGACGGCGCCCCCCCGCGGCCCGCUGCUGACACUGCUGACACUGCUGAUCCUGCUGCUGCCGCUGCCGGUGGUGCCGGGGGGCCCCGGCCUUGCCCCCGGCCGCGCCUUGGUGGUCCCGCACAGCCACAUGGACGUGGGCUGGGUGUUCACCGUUCAGGAGAGCAUGCAGGCUUACGCAGCCAACGUCUACACUUCCGUGGUGGAAGAAUUGACCAAAGGAAAACAGCGCAAAUUCGUUGCGGUAGAACAAGAGUUUUUUCGGCUGUGGUGGUACAACAUAGCUACGGAGAUCCAGAAACAGCAGGUGUCUCAGUUACUGCAAGAAGGACGCCUGGAAUUUCUCAUCGGCGGCCAAGUGAUGCACGAUGAAGCGGUGACGCUAAUCGACGACCAGAUUUUGCAGUUAACAGAAGGACACGGGUUUUUGUACGAAACCUUUGGGAUUCGGCCUGAGUUUUCUUGGCACGUUGAUCCUUUCGGAGCGUCUGCUACUACCCCGACUGUGUUCGCCCUGGCCGGCUUUAAUGCCCACCUCAUCUCCCGAAUCGACUACGAUCUGAAAGAUGCCAUGCAGAGAGACAAGAAACUGCAGUUUGUGUGGCGAGCCUCUCCUUCCUUAUCAGAAAAUCAGGAGAUCUUCACUCAUGUUAUGGACCAAUAUAGCUACUGCACCCCAUCGUACAUUCCCUUUUCUAACAGGUCUGGAUUUUAUUGGAAUGGUGUUGCCGUCUUCCCAAAUCCUCCAAAAGAUGGCAUUUACCCAAACAUGAGUGUCCCGGUCACCAAUGCCACCAUUGACCUCUAUGCACAGACCAUGGUGGCAAACAUUAAAGAGAGAGCAGCUUGGUUCGCCACAGACGAUGUCCUCUGGCCAUGGGGAUGCGACAAACAGUUCUUUAACGCAUCGGUUCAGUACUCCAACAUGGACCGUCUGCUUGACUACAUCAAUGAGCGGGUGGACCAGUUUGGAGUCACGGUGCAGUACGCCACUCUGGGAGAUUACUUCCGGGCCGUUUUCCAGAGGAAGGCUGUGUGGACCGUCCGGAACCAUCAGGACUUUCUGCCUUAUUCGACAGAAGCGUUCCAAGCGUGGAGUGGAUUCUACGCAUCCCGCGGCCAGCUGAAGGGCCGGGCUCGGAGGGCCAGCGCCCUGCUUUGGGCGGCGGAGUCCAUGCUGACCCGCUCCCUCCGGACGGCCUCUCCCGGCACCGUGGAUCCCGCCUGGGCCCUGCAGCAGCUCCGCAGCCUCCGUUGGGCCGUGUCCGAGGUUCAGCAUCACGAUGGCAUAACAGGCACCGAGUCCCCCAAGGUGCGAGACAUGUACAUGAAGAACUUAAUGGAAGGAAUGCGUGCUGUGAAGAAGCUGAUGGCGUCCAUUAUAUCCAACAUGGUCCAAGAGGAGGAGAAGGAAAAGGCACAAGCUUCCGUUGAUGACAACAAUUCCGGCAGACAAGGUUCUAGAAACGGUGACUAUUACGCAGUGGUUUAUAAUCCUUUGGCCUGGACCAUCACGACUUUUGUUACGGUUUCCCUGGACUACGUGGAAGUCAGCGUCUUCGAUGAGCUCGGGUACCCCGUGCCUGCCCAGAUCCAAAACUCUACCGACUCUCCAGCUGCCUACGACCUGUAUAUCCUGGUCACCAUCCGGGGUCUCAGCUAUCGGCGCUUCAACAUCCGAGCGUCCAAGCCCUCCGACGUCGGGUCGGCCUCCGUCGCCAGAGCGAUGCGGUUCGGUCGAAAAACAGCAAACCCUUCCCGUCCACGUGGUAACCGGCUGUUUCCUGUGGGAAACGAUUGCUAUGAUGUGCUAAUGGACCUAGACACCAAUUUAAUUCACAGUAUCACUGAUCGAGAAGCCAAGAGGACCGUCAAGGUGACCCAGCAAUUCCUGGAAUAUCACGCCAAUGGAGACGUUAGACGAGGACCUAUUUCCGACAACUACCUGUUUGCUCCCAGUGGACCAGCCGUCCAAGCCAGCCAAGCAGUGGGCCUGGAAAUUGUCGCUGGAAAACUAGUGACAGAGGUUCGGCAGUAUUUUUACAGGAACGUCACAUCCCAGGAUUACCAGUACGCCGCCUAUUCGAGAAUCUUCAACAUCCCAGAGGGAUACGAUGGAGAACUGGCCUGUCACCGGAUAGAGCAGGAAUACCGGGUCGGGCCUUUGGAUAUGAACCGGGAGGCCAUCCUGAGGACCAGUACGAAUUUAAACAGCGGGCAGAUCCUCUACACGGAUAACAAUGGAUACCAGAUGCAGAAGAGGCCCUUCAAGGCUUACGUGAAUAACUCCGUGGCGCGGAACUAUUAUCCGAUGGUCCAGGCGGCUUUCAUCGAGGACGACGAGGGGAGGUUGACGCUGCUGUCGGAGCGAUCUCACGGGAUCUCGAGUCAGGCCGACGGGCAAGUGGAGGUCAUGCUGCACAGGCGUCUGUGGAACAACUUGGAGUGGGACCUGAAUUACAAUCUCACCCUGAACGAUUCAUCCGUGGUGCGGCCCACCCUCUGGCUCCUUCUAGGCUCCAAACCCGCCACCACCGCUCUAUAUCCGCGGAGCUCCUUGGCUCUGGAGCACAGGCCGGUGGUCAUGGUGGGCUGGUUGCCGGCUAACACGCGGUGGAAACCAGGGCCAAUUCCUGAAGAAGCCCUGGCCCUCCCCCCGAAUCUUCACCUGCAGAUCCUGAGCAUCCCGGGCUGGACGUACAGCUCCAAUCACACCGAGCACCUCCAGUGCCUGCGGAAAGGCCACUGCGGAGAGACGGCAGAGGCCAACUCGGAGCGUGUCCUCGUCCGCCUCCGACACUUGUACGAGGCGGGAGAAGAUCCCAUCCUGUCUCAGCCGGCAACUGUCAAUCUGAAGACCUUCCUGCGGGAGCUGGGGACGGUGGUGGUUGUGGAAGAACGCUCUCUCACGGGAACGUGGGAUGUAAACACCCUCAGACGCUGGAAGUGGCGGACAGCCGGUCACCGAGGCAAAGGAUUUUCAGAUGCCGCAAAGAAGAUCACAGAUUACACCGUCACUCUUCACCCCAAGGAAAUCAAGACCUUUUUCAUAUAUUUUCAAAAACAUUAAAAAUCUGGAAAAUUA